CAACUGAGUGAAAACAUGUCCACACAUUAUAAGCAGCAUCAACAGCAGGGUUGUGACCACACCACACGUUCAGCUCUAAUUCUGGUGUUCACACAUUAUAAGCAGCGUCAACAGCAGGGUUGUGACAACACGUUCAUCUCUGGUGUCACCAAAGAGCUCUGCAGCGGAGGUUAUGCCAAAAUGGAUAUUGAGCUGGAUUACAAUAUGGAAUUAGAUUAUGCUGACUAUGACAAUUACUCUACUGAUAAUUCAACAGUGGGGGAAGAGUAUUCCAUAAAAUUCCAAUCGACAUGCUUCACAGAGGCAGCUUGUGUCACCCUUGUGGUGAUCAAUGGUGUUAUUUUUGUCUUGGGCGUCCUUGGAAACGGAAUAGUGAUUUGGAUCGCCGGUCUCAAGAUGAAGAAGACCAUCAACACCACCUGGUACCUGAGCCUGGCAGUGUCUGACUUCCUUGUCUGCGCGAUCCACCCCUUCAACAUCGCUUACCUGGCUCUUCAGGACUGGGUGUUUGGUAUCUUCCUGUGCAAGUGCACCUCCUUCAUGAUGUUCGUCAACAUGUUCAGCAGCAUCUUCCUGCUGGUCUUCAUCAGCGUGGACCGCUGUGUCGCCGUGAUGUUCCCCGUGUGGGCCCAGAACCACCGGACAGUCCGAACCGCAUCCGUCGUCGUCGUUCUGGCCUGGGUGCUCGCGGCGGUUCUCAGCAUUCCGUCCAUCAUAUUCCGGGAGGUCAAGCACCAUAUGGGCAAGAGCCACUGCUUCAACAACUACAUGGCGGACCCACACAGCCACACCGCCAUCGCCGUCAGCCGCUUCGUCUCCGGCUUUGUUGUGCCUUUCUCCAUCAUCAUCGUGUGCUACUCCGUGAUCACCCUCAGACUCAUGGGCAGUCAGAUCAAGAGGUCGUCCAAGCCCCUGAAAAUCAUGACGGCGCUCAUCGUCACCUUCUUCAUCUGCUGGCUGCCCUACCACGUCUUCAUCCUGCUGGAGCUCCACCCCGCUGCCCACGACCACCAGCACCUUGUGCACGGGCUGCAGUACGGCACCAUGCUCGCACUAGCCAACAGCUGCCUCAACCCCGUGCUCUACGUGUUCAUGGGCAACGACUUCCGGAGGAAGUUCAAGAGCUCUCUGCUGUCCAAAAUCGAGAACGCCAUGGGAGAGGACAAUCGCACCACCAGUCGUUACCUGUCACGUUCCAGCUCGGUGGACACAAGGGCUUCCACUCAUAUUUAGAUGUCCACUCAUAUCUAAAUGA